CUGGCGGUGGAGGGGGCAUGGCAUGGUGGUUUUGGGCACAGGGAAGUGCCGGUGAUGGGGUGGGGGGAGCCUCCAGCCAGGCUUCCUGAGCUGCACAGCCGCCACUUCCCAGAUAAAGGUGUCACCCGGAGGAGCCGCAGCAGCUCCCAGCACGGUGCUGGGAAGCGCCAAGAGCAGCACACACAUCCCCGGCACACGGGUUGCAGGAUGGCAGCCUGCCUGCACCGGGGCCGGCUGCUCCCUUUGCUCCCUGCUGUUCUGCUCAGCUUCCACAGCCCGCUGCUGGCCACCGAGCCAGUGACAUCAGAAGAUGCUGCGCUGCUGGCAGGGGUGCCCGAGGACAUCCUCUGCUUCACCCGCUCCUUUGAGGACCUCACCUGCUUUUGGGAUGAUGACGAUGAGGAGGAGGAGGAGGCAGUGAGCAGGAUGUGCCACUUCUACUACUGGUACAGCAGGGACAUGCCCACAGCAUGCACAGUCUCCACAUGGCGUCACGGGGCCGGCAGGACACGGCACGUCUGCAUCUUCCCCAGACAGGAUGUGCGGCUCUUCACCCAGCUCCAUCUCCGCGUCCUGGACGCCACCAACAACCAGACCAAGUACAGGCGGGACCUCAGCGUGGAUGCAGUGGGUCUCAUUGCUCCCCCAGUGAACAUCACAGCCCGCUGGGCUGGGGUUGCAGGGCAGCUCUGCAUCUCCUGGCAGCCACCACUCGCUGACUUCCUGAACUUCUUCCUCUAUGAGGUGCAGUUCUGCCCUGUCAGCUCUUCAGACGUGUCCUGCAGCACCGCAGCAGGGCAGCGCCCUGGGGACCCCUCCAUCGAUCUAGCCAUCAGCACCCAUGCACCCACCACCGGGGCAGCUGCAGCCUCCCCGGGAGCGGGGCAGCGGCUGGUCCAGGCCAACACCUGGGUGGUUCUCCAGAACCUGCGGCCAGGGGUGAGGUACCACAUCCAGGUGCGCAGCAAGCCUGACGGCACCUCCAUGGAUGGUGUUUGGGGACCAUGGUCGCAGGCAGUGGCUGCGGAGACACCCCACUCCUCCGGAGACAUCAGGCUGUGCUGCAGCACCCCUGACCUGCAGCACGUGCGCUGUGAGUGGAGCUGGGACACCACAGAGCUCCCCAGCUCACACCAGCUCUUCUACCAGCAAUCUCCAAGCGGGGCUGGCACAAGGGAAGAUGCAUGGCAGGAGUGUAUAGAGGUGAGCGUGGGGACGCUGGGCUCCCACACCUGCACGUUCCAGCCCAAGGUUGACAGUGCCAUCUCUGUCCUGGUGAAUGUCACCCAGCCCCAUCCACUGUCCACACUCAGCUACUUCAAGGAGCCCUUCUGGCUGCACCAGGCUGUGCUCACAGAAGCCCCACAGAUUGUGCAGGCAACAGUGUCACAGGGCCGGCUGAGCCUGCAGUGGCUACCGCCCCUGGAGGUGCUGGCAGAGCAGCUGCUCUACCAGAUCCGCUAUGCUGUUCAGAACAGCCAUGACUGGAAGGUCCUGCAGGUCCCACAGGCAGCCAGGAAAGAAGUCCUGGAUUUACAUCCAGGCGCCCAGUACCAUGCCCAGGUGCGGGCCCAGCCCAGCGGGCCGUGGUACAAGGGCAGCUGGAGCGCCUGGUCCAAGCCUGUCGUGGUUGAUGCCAUGGUCGAUGCGGGCUGGACCAUCCCCAGCGUUACGUUGGUGCUGCUGCUCUUCACGGGAGCGCUCCUGGGCCUGCGGUGCACCUUCCCCUCCCUCUACAGCAACAUGAAGCAGAAACUCUGGCCCUCCGUCCCCGACCUGCACCGCGCACUGGGCAGUUUCCUCCACGAAAGCAGCAAGCACGGCCAGCCCAACGCCUUCUACAAGCAGCCGCCGGAGGAGGAGAAGGAGGAGGCCGUCCUGCCCUGCCUGCUGGAGGUGCUGCCCGGCCCGCGGGGGGAGGCGGGCUCGCCGCCGCCAGAGCACGCUGCGGACCGGCUGCCCAGCACCGACAUCGCCAACCAGUCCUACCUGCUCAUGAGCGGCUGGGAGCCCCGCGGGCCGCCCGGAGCCGCGCCCCCCGCCCUGACAUAAAGGAGA